ACCCAGGGCGUGUUUAUUAAUGCCAAUUCAACAGUAAAUCUGGCGUAGCUGUUUAGCGAUAUCCUUGAAGCUUUUUUGUAUCAUCUUUUUUGUUUGCAACUUACUGGCUACAUUAAUAUUGUUUGUUGUCGUUGAGAACUAAAGACAUCAUGUCAUGUCAUGAACAGUGAAAACAAUGUUCCUUUUUCUGACAAGGUUUUGGGUGACAAUGUUUCUGACAAGUUCUGACAAUGUUUCUGACAAGGUUUUGGGUGACAGGGAAAAAGAGAUCUGGAACUUGUUCUCAAUUGCUAGGAUAUAAUGGAAACAAUAUUCCUUAUUCAUUCAACAAAAUGCAAAAAAGUUGGACCAGGUGACAUGCAAUCAGCCAAUUUCCACAUUAUUUCCACGAAACUCAUUGCUUGUUUCCAACUACAUCGAAACGAGGCAAAAUAAUUUCUUCCAACUUUUUUACGACAAUCUUCGAUUUCUUGCCCCCAAAGGUAGCAAGCGAGUUUGGUUUUCCAAAAACUAGGAUGAAUAUACGCCAUUCAACACAUUUUAUGUUGUAUUGCUCCUUGCUUGUGACUUGGAACCUCCGUGACAUUUGUUGUUUGAGUCAAGAAGACUUCGACGAAAGAAUUGAUAACAACAGCCAGCCUAAGUAUUCUGAGAAUGAAGCAUGCACAAAGUCAACCAGUGGAAAGGGAAGUUCUUGCGUCAUGGGUCAGACAAAAUGUGUCUGGGGAUAUGAAGAUAGCUGCACUGACUUUAAAGCCUUAUCCAGAGCAGUUUGUUCUGAAGUGGAAAGCUGGAGAGUCUUUAAUAGCCUUGACGACAGACUUCGUGCGUUUUGGCAGGAGAAUGAUUUUGGAUAUGUCAGAAGUUUCAAAAAUCUGAAUGUUAUCUGCAAACCUAAAGAUCUGGAUGACUCAUCAUUUGAAUGCAAUGAUCGGUUAACCUUCUGUAAAGGAAGGAACAUCUUCUUUGAUUUUACCUCACAAGAUGGAAGGUCUAUCUAUGAAAGGGCUCAGUCAAAGCCUUUUGGUAAAGGGCAGUUUGGUGGGUCAUGUGAUGUUCAAACAGAACAUUUUCGACAUCCUGAUGUCUUUAGAGACAAGCUACGCUCAUGGGCUGCAAAUGACGUCGAUAGUUUUGAGGCACUGCCUUUCAAGCCAAGCGAAUCUAAAAAUUGUGAUGUCACGGUGAAGACUCCAACUAUCAUAAUGGAUCUUGAUUUUAUCGGAAGUCUUUAUCACCAUUUUUGUGACUUUUUCAAUUUGUAUGUCACUCUACAUGUCAACGGAAGUCUGUAUCAGCCUGUGAGCAUUGCAUUAUGGCAGACCUCAGAGAAGCUUGGUCCGUUUAAAGUAACCUGGGAAGCAUUUUCAACGGAAGUUUAUCCCAUCUGGCAAAAGUUUUCAAACAAGAAGGUCUGCUUCGAGAAUGUUGUUUUUGGGCUGUUGCCUCGUAUGGCCUUUGGCAUGUAUUAUUCUACGCCUGUGGUUCCUGGUUGCUCCAGAAGUAGCUUGUUCAAAGCAUUUUCUGAGCACGUCCUCAAUGGCUUGAACGUGAAACAGGAACGAAAGUCGAAGUCUGGGCCUUUAAGGAUAACGUUUCUGUACAGGACCACCAUGUAUCGAAAAAUCGUCAACAAAGACCAGUUAAUUGAAUCUAUAAAGUCAAUUCCAAACGUCUUGGUGGAUGCUGUGGACUUCAACUGGAAUAUGCCUUUUCUUGAGCAAUUACAGAUUAGCCAUAAUACAGACAUAUUCAUUGGAAUUCACGGCGCCGGCUUGACCCACGCUCUCUUCCUUCCAGACUGGGCCGUCCUUUUUGAACUAUACAAUACUGAUGACGUCAACUGCUAUAAAGACCUAUCUCGUUUACGGGGAGUGACAUACAUCACAUGGGAAGAUAAUGAAAAGAUAAAAGAUGAAACGGACGAGCCGGAUCCGGAUUAUAAUUAUGCUAAAUUCAGAAACUUCAGUUUUGAUGUCAAUGAGUUCAUGAGGCUGUUAAAAAUUGCAAUUGCCAGUGCUGAAAAUAAUCUCCGGGCCUCGAAUUUACCUUGAUGUAUCAAGGGAU